AAACUAUAUUGCGAAACGGGACAAUGACGUCAUCUUUUUCGUGCAUGCUGCCCGUAGUAACGAGUUAUUAGACGUUAUCACGUCAAAAACCAAGGACGCGAUACUGUGCGAUCAUUAAUUUGUUAUAUAAGGUAAAACCUACGCGACCACUAAACAAACUACCGUCGUACAUACCACGAUUUUGGAAUUUAUUCACGUUUACAAAUUGUCGUUUUAAUCGUAUACUUAAACAGCUCAAUAUAAAGUUUGACGUUUGCGACUUGCGAAGUCUUCUUUGUAUUCGUUGGUUGGCGACUUUUCAAGUUGUUCAUUUCGUCGAUUUUCGCGGCAAGGCAGACGUAUUUAAAAAGAUUAUUGAAUAAUAUUAAAGUCGACAAGUAAAUUUUCAAUUACAGCAUAAUGAGUAAUGUGAAAACUGUUAUUGCUCCCGUAAAUAUCGCAGUGAUAAAAUAUUGGGGGAAGCGCGACGAGGAAUUGAUACUACCGUUAAAUGAUUCCGUUAGUGCUACUUUGGACACAGGUGUUAUGUGUGCCAAAACAUCUGUGUUUACCGGCCCGCAACUUACCAGUGAUGAGAUAUGGCUCAACGGCAAGAAGGAAUCGUUUACGAAUAAGCGGCUAGUAAAUUGCCUCGAAGGAAUAAAAGCUAUAGCCGCUAAGGAGAAGAGUGUAAACGGAGAAUUCCUAAAAUGGAAAGUUCAUGUUUGCUCUGUUAACAAUUUCCCAACGGCGGCCGGCCUAGCAUCAUCUGCAGCAGGAUAUGCGUGCUUAGUAACUGCAUUAGUGAAACUUUAUAAUGUGAAAUCUGACGUUAGCUGCGUCGCAAGGUUGGGUUCUGGCAGUGCUUGUAGAAGUGUAUAUGGCGGUUUCGUACAGUGGCAUGCGGGAACGGACCCUUCUGGCAAAGAUUCCAUUGCAACUCAAAUUGCAGAAGCCUCUCACUGGCCUGAAAUGAGAGCUCUUAUUCUUGUGGUUGGUGACAGUGCAAAGAAAACUAGUUCAACAAAGGGUAUGAAGAUUACGGCUGAAACUUCUGAACUCCUUAAACACAGAAUUGAAUAUUGUGUGCCUCAAAGAACUGCCAGCAUUAUUCGGGCUAUAAAAGAUAAGAACUUUCCCAAGUUUGCUGAAAUUACUAUGAAAGACAGCAACCAGUUUCAUGCAGUCUGUCUGGAUUCAUACCCACCUUUUGUAUACAUGACGGAAGUGUCCCACAAGAUAGUUGAAAUAAUUCACAAGUAUAAUGAAGUCUGCGGUGAAGUGAAAGUUGCUUAUACUUUCGAUGCAGGCCCUAAUGCCUGUUUAUACCUCCUCGAGGAAGAAGUCCCAAAAUUAAUUUCCCUUGUAAAAUAUGUUUUUCCUUCAACUUCACCAAAUAACUUUGUAACUGGUCUCAAGUCUGAACAACAUCAGCUAAGUAAAGAUUUUUUGAAUAAGUUGGGUUUGGAACCGGAACCUGCAGAUUUGUUAAAAUAUGUUAUUCAUACCAAAGUUGGAGAAGGCCCAACAGAAGUAACUGAUGGCUCACAUUUAUUGGAUCCAAAUGGUCUUCCUUUGUAAAUGCUGAAGUGUGGCAAAUGUGCAGAGUAGAAAUAAGUGGUUAAAUGGGUAUUUUUAUAAUUUGUAAAUAUAUAUAUA